AGCCGUAACCCACUUUUCCCACAGUCCACAGUGCGCGUGCAGCUGCGGAAAUGACACAGCACCGACAAAAGCGUCACGUCACGCGCGGCCACGGGACACCGAGACACGGAGAGGCAGAAAUCACGCGUGGAGCGAACGCAUGGACACGCAAACGCUCGCGUGAGGAAUCGCACGGCGCCGUGGAGCCGCGAGACGCGCAAGUCGGGGAAAUGAGCUCACCUGAGUGUGGCAUUAAAUUGGACGGACUUGAUAAAGAGGUUAAGGUGGAGAAGAACCCAGAUGACAUUUCAAAUGUGGAUACGAAACAGAAUUUGGAGGACAAGUCUGUGGACUGCUUCACUCAGCGGAUCGCUAAGAGAUGCGCGUCACGCGGCUCGGACGCCAUUUCCUCAGAGCAGAGCCAGUCGACCGGCAGGAAGAAGGCCAAGGUAACUUUAGAGGCUGGUGAACUUGUCCAAGACAGUGGCUCAGAGGAAACAUCCAGAUCCCCGCAGGACAGAAGCAUAUCGUCAUACAGGAAGCCUUUAUAUGGCAUUUCCCAUCGUAUCUCAGAGAAAAAGGCAACAUCCAGCACGGAGCCACAUGAAGCCGGGGUCCGGGUUAGUCGUAACGGAAUCCUGUUCCCGAAGUUAGACAGCCUGGGUCACCUGCGGUCUGAUGUUGCUUCGUCUUCCAGGUCGUCUACAUCUCCAGGAGCUUCCGAUUCUCAUCUGUAUUCACUUUUCGAAAAGAUGUUCUUCAUUCUCAACAGUCUGAACUCCAGCAUGACUCAGCUGCAUAGCAAGGUGGACCUUCUGUCCCUAGAAGUGACGCGCAUCAAAAAGCAGAUCAAGCCUUCAGAGAUGCCGAUGGAAUUCCAGCCUCCGCCGGAAUACCAGCUGACCAGAGAGGAAUUGGGUCAGUUGAUGGAGCAAACCUCUGCAGCUGGUGAGCUGGGCUGCAGGUUGCUAGUCCAGCUCUUCCCAGAGCUCUUCACAGCUAAAGAAUGCGCGCACGGCUGCCGAGCUUGCGGCAUCGUCAGCAGACCCGUGCUGGAUUCUUUGCACAUUCAACUCGUACGCAACUACGUGGAGUCCUGCUACCCACUGGUCAAGAACGGGAACGCUUGGCAGAACGAGUGCCUGCCUCAGAUAAAUGACUUUUUUAACCAUUUCUGGGCUCAGAAGGAUAUGGAGAGCGGGCAGGUUUGUGGGAAGCGGACCGCUUUUGAUGUGGACCAAAACCACGGCUGCCUUUUCAUCAACGAAGACGGACAAGACGAGAGACUUUCCCUGGAUUCUGGAGAAAACCCCACCAUCAACGAUAGCCACUUCAGCCACGUCAAAUCAGAUCUGGGGUUUGAUAGCCAAGAAAGCGGAGAGAAUCCCGAUGACAUCACGUCGGCCGAGGAGUUCGUCGUAUUCCUUUUGAACAGACUCUUUCCCGAAGUGUUUGAAGAGGGGAGGAUUCCCGAGGGUCACCGGACCGUCGGGGAGCUGAUAGUCAAUUCGGAUAGACUGGAGAUUAUCCGCAAAUAUAUGGAGGCAAAUUUUCCAGAAAUGCCCGAAGACACAUGGCUGCAGUUGUGUGUGCAGCGAAUGGAGGAAGCACUUGAGAAUGUUUCUUCCAAUGGUGGUGAUCAGGAAAACCUCUCGGAGGAGAUCUAUAAUCCCAUCUCUCUUCCUGACGAUGUCUCAAUUGUGAAGAUCAGCGAUUUUUCCGACUAUGAUAAGUGUAAUCGGAGAUCGAAAAGGUUGUUGCUGGAACCUGUUGACUUUAACAAAAUGGACGUUCCUCAUCCAGACUUUGAAGUUCCACAAGAGUACCUACUCACGAAGGAGCAGCUGAGGAGCAUCUACAAUAGCAGCUUGUCCAUCGGGAACUUUGCCUCCCGUCUCUUGGUCCUCAUGUUUCCCGAACUGUUCACGCAAGAUAACACCCGCAAGCACUAUAACUGCAGCGGAUCGCUGGGAAAAAAGCAGCUGGAUCCCGUCCGGAUCAAUCUCAUCCGCCAUUACGUUCAACUGCUCUACCCUCGAGCCAAAAACGACCGAGUCUGGACCCUUGAGUUUGUAGGGAAGCUGGAUGAAAGAUGUAGGCGCAGAGACACAGAGCAGCGUCGCUCCUACCAGCAACAGCGGAAAAUCUACACCUCGGAUCAAGAUCUCGACCUCGGGGACUUUGUGUGCGCAAGCCAAAUCCCCUCGGAUCGUCCUAAAGACGACUUGGAAGUGCCCUCGCUGCCACCUGAAAAAAGUAGCAAAGAUUUUUGUAAGAUUCCUCUGGAAGAUCUUAAGAUUUCCGCCCCAGACUUCCCAGUGCCUUCGUCGUACUUGCUCACGGACUCUGAGGUCAGAGAGAUCGUUCAGCAGAGCCUGUCGGUCGGGAAUUUCGCCGCCAGACUUCUCGUCCGUCUCUUUCCUGAACUCUUUACGCAUGAGAAUCUGAGGCUUCAGUACAAUCACUCGGGUGCCUGCAACAAGAAACAGCUGGACCCCGUGCGACUUCGACUCAUCCGCCAUUACGUAGAGGCGGUGUAUCCGGCAGAGAAGAUGGAGGAAGUGUGGCACUACGAGUGCGUUCCCAGCAUCGACGAGCGCUGCAGGCGCCCCAAUCGCAAGAAGUGUGACAUCCUGAAAAAGGCCAAGAGAUCCAACAGCACCCUGACGUGUUCCUAACGUGUACUGACAAAAACGUAACUUUUGCACAAGACCACGAGCACAAGCUGUAAAGAAGAUGCUGGAGCGUAGAACCUUGUUUGAGACGUAGCUACAACGUUAACAGUGAAGCUAAUUAAUACUGACGUGAUCAACAGAUUAGUAAUAAUAUUAAAAUGCCAAGCUAUCGGGUUUCUAACUUUUAGCAGAUAAGCUAUCGUAGCCGUAGAGAAGCGGAAAGAAUUUAAUCUUUAGUUACGAGUCACUUUAGUAAAGGCAGAGAGAUAUGAAUAUAUAUAUAUAUUGUUUUUAAUUCAUUCUAACGUUGCAGCCCCGGUGUUUUUUCUAACUUUAUGUCCUAGCUGCAGUGAAUACUAAAAUAUAGAAGCAGAUCGAUAACUAUUUUUAAAUAAAAGUUCGUGUUUCAUCAGAAA